CCGAGUUCGAAAAGCAGCUCCUGCACAAAAGAGGGACAGCAUGGAUUCCCGAGUUGACUGCACUGAGUCAGAGGUUCGUCCACGGCGCUCUGUUGACUCCCUCCCACCGCCCAAGUCAGCCCGUGACGACGACAAGCUUCUUCCCCCCUCCCCCCCAUCGCCAGUCAGACGAGAGGCCCGCCGGACGUCGUCGUCCCCUUGUCACGUCGACGACACAUGGGGUCUACCAUCCGCAGCUGCCACUCCCAGCUUCGCGCCUCCCGGGCGACGGCUGACCGGCUCUCCCCGGGCCCCUCGCAGCCCGUCAUCGUUCGCCAUCUCAUCACCAGCGCCGACGUCGGCCUUUUCGACGCCUCCCUACAACCCAUUUUAUCCCUACCCACACCUGCACCCGGCGGCAAUGCCCCUGCACCCACUCAUGCACUUCCCAACCUUCUCGCCCGUUCCUCAUCCUGUCUUGCCACCGGCCAUCGGUGUCGCAGCCGAUGCUCAGCCGGCGACGUCCUCUGAUGAGCUGAGCGAUGCCAGUGAGGGGAGGGCAUUGCUGCCGUCAAAGAGACGGGCGUCGAGGGAAGGGCGUAUGUUCUCUCGACCGCAGGGAUUGCCUGGAGUGAUUCUGACUAGAGGAAGGGCCAAGGGCAGCCUUCUGAGAAAAGGUGAGUGCUAGGGGGACGAGAGGACGCGGCAAUAUUGGUGGUCUGUUGUGUGGAUGCAGUGACCGAGGAAGAGACAGCUGAGACGGACCGGCAUGAAAGCAUUCGUAGUGGUGUGGCUGACAGCCUGCUGGAUGACAUACAGGUAUUUAGAAUCCCCCACGAUUGCCGCGCACAUUAUGCACCAGUCUGCCCGUGUCGCGUCCAGCUUCUGCAGGAAGAGCGGGCGCGCCACUCGUCUGUGUUCUCGUCCAAGCUGCAGAGAGAGAGGAAACGACGAUCGACUGUGCUGGAGGAACAGCGAAGGAAGACUAUGGAUGAAGUGACCGCGGAGCAGACACGACGGACACAGGAGACGGAGAGACAGCGGCAACAGGAGGAGCAGGUGAGACACUUCACUACCUGUCGUACUCAUGUGUCCUUGUCGUGUCUCAUCGUGUCAGGAGCGUGAAAUGAAAGCCAAAGAAGAGACGUACAUCGCCCGUAUCGCUGAGUUGGAGAGGCAGCUGCAGGAAGAGAGAAGGAAAGCUCACGACAACGACAAAGCCACUCAGACUACAUUCCCAGAGCCGCAGACGGCUGACACACAGCCUGAUACAGUGGAAGCAGAGGAACGGCAUGCAGCGGAAUUGCGGGCCCUUGAGAAGGAGCAGACGCACCUGCAGCACACUCUGAUCCACGAGCGCGAUCAGCAUCGUGAGGCGUUGAAGGCGCUUCAGGCGGAUUUCGACCGACAGCUGGAGAACGAGCGCAAAAGAUGCCAUGCGAACCUUCAGCACCAAGCUGCUUUUUACGAGGUCAGCAGCGGCUGUCCUUCUUUGUCACUGACCAUGUGAUCGUGUCCUUUGCAUGCAGCGUCGAAUGCAUCGCCUGGAGGGCCGCAUAGCCCACCUGCAGAAGCAGCUUCCUCUCUGUGGCGCACCGCCCUCUUCCGGAUCUGUGGAUUCCCCGCCGCCGGAGCCGGCAGCAUCGCUCCUUGAUGGACAUGUGUGCACUAUGGCACUUGAUGCGCCUAUUCCUCAAAGGCCGGCCAACAAUAGAAAGUCCGUGCCCAGCGCAAGUCUGGGAGGAAGAAACGAGCCAGAGAAGCCAAGCCCUUGUCAGUCGCCGCCCACAAGGACAUUUCAGCCAGAGGGUGGUUCUCGUCCCUCGUUGUCCGACAAAAGCAAGACGCAAGAGCUCCAGGCUAUUCGUCCGGCCCCUCCAGCACGUUCGUCUACUGCUGUCGGGCCUGAGACAUCACAAAAAGGGCACCAUCAUCCGUCAAUGGAGCGGCACUUGUACCGACUCGACCUGCCGUCUCUGAGGCCAAAGCAGGAGUCUGAUACCGCCACGGACACACCACUUCUCGAGGCCGAAAGGACACAAGGCGAGCAGCCGGCUGCCUCACAUCAACAUCAAGAGACGGCUGAUGCUGAAAUGUCUGCGUCGGCUUCGGCGGAGAGGACAGAGGAGCCGUCGGCAGGGAUGAGUUCAGUCGGUGAUCCGCAUGUACGAGGAGACAUUUUGGCACUCCCCGUGGAUCCCACUGCAUUGGCAUCGAAGCAAGACGAGAGCACAGUGGCAAUGGAGCCUUCACCACCGUCUUUAAGCGCAAAACAACAUCACGAGAUGGCCGCGGUGGAGCUGCCGGUCCACGGCGACUUGGUAGUUGACUAUCCUUAUGAUGCCAUAGCUGAACCGACAGAGCUCAAGAGACGGCUGCGCCACGCCCUGGCCAAGGCAGUAGCAAUCGAGGUCAGGAGAGAGAAAUGGGCAAUUUCGUACAACUCGAUCAUGUCAAUGCGUCUCGUCCAGGUCGACAGGAUCAAUGUCAUCGACUUGCUGCCGGGUUCGGUCAUCGUUCGUGUGGAGGUGAGACGCGUGUAUGGAGAUGUAAAAAUGUCAUGCAAGCCAGGUCGUGUUGUAUUACUGGUCGGCAGAUAUCUCCGUCGAGCGGUGGCCGGAAAUCCUCCGAUGUGUUGUCAACACUUCAGCAGCAGAUAAAGGACAAGCAAUCGGCACUCUAUCAGCAUGUCCGAAGCCUCCUCAUGGACAGCAGCAGCCGCACACAGCGGAGAUACAGUAAGGCAGCCCAGCCAACCAGCACAAACAUCCGCUUUUACACACACUCCUUUCUCUUGCAGUGCUGGCUGCAGAGCUCCCCAUCCUGCGCCCUUCCAAUUCGUCCCACGAUGCCGGCACAUCCUUGCGGUCGCAAUCCCUCCCUGCUCCUGCCGCGACAGGAGGUCCUGCUCGCGCCGCCCUUGCCGCAUCGCCACCGAAGCGGACAGACAGCUUCCCAACCGCCCGCAUCACUCCUGUGCCAGGCACCAUCUACAUGCGCACACAGCCGGGACGGAUCGCGCGAGUCUUCUUGAAGCGAGUGCGACCAAAUGUGGCGACUGAUGAUGCCAAGAUGGUCGACAAGACCAGAGGAGAGAAACAAGAUGAAGCCGAUGCACAAAGGGAUGACCAAGGAGAAGAGGAAUCGCCUCUGAGAAGAAAUGGAGGCCGGCAAGGCUCUCGUACGCCCCCUCAAGCGCAGCAAUCGCAGCCUCAGACGCCUCUGCAAGCAGAACCUCGGCAUGUCACAACGCACAAGGGCAGAGAGACGGUACCGGAGGCUGCUCGGCCUCAGACAGAUAUCUUUCCGACAACGUCCUUGCAAAAUGCCCUCGAUGAGCUGAUGGCAAAGGAACAGGAAGGAAACGAAGGGGAGAAGGCUAUUCUGGCGUCUCAUCCGCCGGCGUCGUCGAUCGAAGAGACUCACAUUGCCCUUGCUGCUGACUUGGAGAUCCAACGGUUCCUGUCUCGGUCAGUGCAGCAGCCACAAGGGCCGCCCCGCUCUGCGCCGGCCAGGCAAAGCGAAGCUACACAGACUGACCUUCCGGCGAAGGAAUCCCCACCGACCUUGCCGCCUUCGUCUUCCUCUGACUCGUCACAAGCUCCCUUGGGGGUAGAUCUUGGGAGACAGAGUCAAUUCAACCUGGGCGAUGUGAAGCUCCGACCCGACGAGCGACCGUCGCCGCUGAGAUGGGCGCUGAGUGAUGCGGGCCUUCAAGCAGCACCGAUCACCCUCCCUUCUCCCCCAGAGCCUCCUUGUUGCGAGCCAGUCCCUACGUUCCGCCCCUCUGCUGUCUCCCAUGUGCGAACAUUCCCUCAGCCGCCCUCGCCCCCACCAGCCGACAGUGUUUGUGGACGGCGCAGGGCAAGCAUGGGCGGUAUAUUGAGCUCGCUAGAGCGAUUCAGGAGACAGCUGGACGAGUCGUCGAUGGAGCAAUUGCAAGACAUUCGCGAGCGGUUGCAGACUAUGAAGAGGGAGGGGGAGGCCUGGUUGGCGGUGGGCAAUAGUCAGGGAGGGAUAGAUGAAUAGGAUGGCCAUCAUGAUGGACGGGAGCGCGGGUAUCUUGAGGUAUCGAUAUGAUUUGUGUAUGUACGCAUAGGCCCGUGUCCUGAGGUUUCCCGCCAUCCACCAUCUUGCUCGUGUAUCUGUCGUGCAUGGUGGACUGCAAUGCUUUUGGACAAUAUGCAUGCAUCCACUCGUCAUGAGCGUUAAACCAGCUAUUUGUUU